AUGGAAGACGGAUUGAACGGAAAAGAAAAUAUUCAUUCCCCAAUUCCAGAAAAUGUCGAUGUUCCAAUCCCAAAAAAUAUCCAUUCCCCAAUUCCAGAAAAUGCCGAUAUCCCAAUUCCGGAAAAUAACCAUAUCUCUCAAACACAAUUUCAAAAAGCUGAUCUUGAUUCUUUGGAUUAUGAUCCUGGAAUACACAAACAAAUAUGGGAAUAUCAUGUUGCUGACAUAAUAGAAAAAGCUCCCAAAAAUGCAAUCUACACAUCACCUAAGAUUCAAAAGGAAAUUCUACAUGUUUACUUAGAUAAAGUGAAGAAGGCAAUUUUGGAAGAAAUUGGUGAUGCAAAGUUUUGCAUAAUGGUUGAUGAAGCUCGUGAUAAGUCCAUGAAAGAGCAAAUGGUUGUGGUUUUUAGAUAUGUUGAUAGAGAAGGCAUUGUGAAAGAACGUUUUUUUGGCCUUAUUCACGUUGUUGACACUGCGACUUUAACUCUAAAGAAGGGGAUAUAUUCUUUGUUAUCUCAACAUUACUUAGAUAUACAAAAUAUUCAAGAGCAAGGAUAUGAUGGAGUAAGCUACAUGCGAGUUUUACUAAAUAUAAUUGAUGAUGCAAGUGAUGGAGAACAUCGGGCAGAAGCAGAGUCAGCUUAUGAUGGUUUAACUUCAUUUGAAUUGGUCUUUAUCUUGCAACUUGAGAAGGAAACUAUGGAGAUCACUGAUAAACUUUGUCAAGCUUUGCAAAGCCAAUCUCAAGACAUUUUAAAUGCCAUGCAUUUAGUUUCAUCCAAUGUUAUUAAUUCCGUUUCGGAACUAAAUCAUCGAUUUAAUGAAGAUGCAAUGGAGUUACUUAGGCUUAGCUUAGUUUUAGAACCUCAAGAGGCAUUAAAAUCUUUUAGAAGUAGUGGUCUUUGUUUGUUGGUAAAGAAUUUCUAUCCACAAGAUUUCACAGAUUAUGACAAACAAGUGUUGGAGAAGGAGCUUUGUCAUUUUGAGCAUAAUGUAGUCCAGGAUCCAGAGUUCAAAAAAUUGAAUAGUUUAUCUGAGUUGUAUCAAUGGUUAGUGAGAACUGGAAACUCAGAAUACUACAAACUUGUUUAUAGAAUGGUGAGACUUGUGCUUAGUCUUCCAGUUUCUACUGCUACUAUAGAGCGGACAUUUUCAGCUAUGAAAGUUGUCAAAACUAACCUUCGAAACAAAAUAUAA